UUAAAAAAAUAUAUAAAACAUGAAAGCAACUUCCUAAUAUUUAUUCUUUUUAUAUUGCCUUAGGAUAGAUCCACAGCCCGACCACAGCGAUAACAAAUACAUUGUUUUUGAAAGCUGUCUUCGAGAGCUGUUUGUGUCCUGUCCAAUUUGUAAGACAAAGUGUGUUGUCCAGAGCAGACGAAGGGGGACUUUUGUUGCAUUCACCCAGCUUUGUGAAAAGUGUAACUACUACAGACAGUGGCAGAGCCAGCCCAUUGUAGGGAGUACCCCACUUGGAAACCUGCUAUUGUCUGCUGCAACGUAUUUUACCGGUGGAUCUUUUAAACAACUAGAGAAGAUUUUCAAGGCCAUGAAGCUCCAGAUGAUGCAUUUCGUAACUUUUAGGAUUCAUGCCAGGAAUUUCAUUGAGCCUACCAUAAUACACAAGUGGAACCAAGAUCAACUGAAUCUUAUAAGACAGCUGCAAGAGGGAGGAAAUGUUGCUGUGGCUGGAGAUAUGCGUGCUGACACGCCAGGACACUCAGCAAAAUUUGGCAGCUACACCAUUAUGCACAUGGAAACCAACAAAAUUCUGGAUCUUCAACUAGUUCAGAACAACGAGGUUGGUGGAAGUUAUCAUAUGGAAAAGGAGGGAUUGAAGCGUUGUCUCGAUAAGCUCGAGUCUAAUGGUUUAGCUGUUGACUACAUCGUCACCGAUCGCCAUCCGCAGAUUCAGAAGUACCUGAGGGACCGCAAUAUCACUCAGUUCUAUGACGUGUGGCACUUUGAGAAAGGUUUAUCUAAGAAACUUGACAAACUUUCAAAAAUGAAGGACUGUGAGGUGCUGAAAAAAUGGUUGCACAGCAUCAAAAACCAUGUUUACUGGAGUGCGAUUUCCUCUGAGUCUGGGCCAGAAAAGGUGGCGAAGUGGAAUUCACUGCAGAACCACAUCCAAAAUGUACAUGUUCAUGAGAACCACCUCUUCCCCAAGUGUGAACACCCAGACAAAGUUUCCAGGGAUCCAAAAAAAUGGAUCCAACCAGGAUCAAUAGCGCUCCAUAAAGUGGAAAAGCUAUUAUACAACAAGAGAGUUCUCAAGGAUAUAGAAAAGCUCAGCCACAACUUUCAGACGUCAUCACUGGAGGCUUUCCACAGUCUGAUUUUGCGUUUUGCCCCAAAGAACGUGAUUUUCCCUUUCAUAGGAAUGUUGUGCAGGUAAUAAUCUUUGACAUAUUCAGUAAUAUUUAUAAGCAUUGUUUCUAACAAUUGUUAUGGAAAUGUUUUUUUUAU